AUGGGCCUUGAUCCAAGUGAAUCAUUCAGACAACUUCGUCCCAUAUGCAUUAAGUUGUCGAAGGAGCCCUCUCCUCAAAACAUAAAGGAUCUCGAAUGCAAACUACGAACCGUAGAUGCCACUCAUCUAUCCCAGCUAGUGGAGUAUGUACUGUUUCCACUGAAACUUGCGCUACAGAGCCCUAAUGCUACAAAUGAAUUGCAAGAAACCGCUGUUGGAUGCAUGGAAACUCUGUUUACGCGCGCUUGUGUUUCCCAGCUGGGCACUUUUGAAGAGAUUUUUAGUUAUUUGUGUAUGCUUCUGAAUUCAAAAGACAGUGGUCUCGGUCAAGUUGCUGAUAUACCAGAAGAACUGAAACUCGCUAUCGUAAAUUGCCUGUCUUGUCUGAUCCAACACACUUCUCUGGUUGUUAAAGGUGCUUUCUUUUCACCACAUUAUUUACCUGUCCUUGGACACGCAGUCAGUAUUUUGCUUGCAUUAGCUGAGAAAGAGAAAGCUAAAAACUUAAAAUUAAGUGCUCUUGGUUGUCUGGUUAACCUUGCCUUCUGCAGUGAAACUAAGAGUGGUGAACAUUAAAUAUUUUAGAGCAAGAUGAAGAUAGAGAGGCAUUGGAAAAUGCAAUCAAGGAUUCAUUGUCACUUACCUUCACCUCCUUUAUUCCUGGAAUAUCGAUAGCUUUGUGUCGAGUCAUCACCGGGGACACCAAGCAAGGACAUGCAGUUAUCAUGCAAGCAGUUGAACUUAGGGGUGACAUUCUCUCUCUUGUGAUGAAUGACAAGUAUAAUUAUAAUAUGCCAGUUAAACCAGCAGAGAAUGAAGAUGUCAUCUCACAACUUUUUUCUUUCACAACUGAAUUGAACUCUGUUGGAGAACUAGCAAACGAAAACGCGAACAUUUCCGACUCAAACCCUGAAGAGCAAGAUAAAAUUCAGAGCUUGAAAGUUAACAGGACCGCUCAUUACGGAAUCGCGCCUGUAGAUACGCGUCGCUAGUAAAUGCAAAUUUUUCUGUCAAUCAAAUGUGUCCUAUUAUUUGUAGGUGGAAAUUGGUAAAACAUCGUUAUUGUUUUGGAGACAAUAGAAGAACAAAAGAUAACAGAAAGAUCAAGUUAUGCGGUCUUAAAGCGUGUUGCGUGACUUAAAUCAGUUGGAGCAUUUCUCCUAGCUUUCCCGCAUUAAAACGUUGGAAUGAAAAGUCUGAAGCUUAGCUUUUAAAAUCUUGAUAGCCAAAAUAAAAAGGGGUGCCCCAAAAGGCAAGCAUUUGGGAAUUCAAAAUCGAUAUUUUUGUCUCUAGCGAAAUCCGGCGGAUGAACAGUAAUUUGCAUAUAAGCGUAAGUGAAGCGAAAUAGAUACAAAUUACCGUGGUUGUAAACACAACGUUUCCUCGAAGUUUUUUUCCUUUUGAAAGCGCAAAUUCGCAUGAAAGAGCUCAGCUUGCACAAAAUAAUAUAAAAUGAAACGAAUCAAAUCGAAAAGUGGUUAAAAAAAGUCAGGAUAUUUCAAUUCGAUGGAAAGUAAGUGAUUGGGUAGGUGAUUUGCAUACUGAUAAAAAUAACGUCUAGCGCAGUUCAAAACCGUUCGGCUUCCUGAAUUGUUUUUCUGGAAUUCUAUACAUUCUGCUGGCCUAAAUCGUUAAAAUAUGUUAUGAAGUCAAAAUAUUUAUCAAGUUGAGCGUUUGCAUUUCCUUAUAAAACAGAGAGUAGCGCGAAAGCUUGGAUCUAUAGGUUUUCUUAAGUUAAAUUACCUUUGUAUCGUGGAAACAAUACCCUAACACUUGAGUCUUGAAUCAAAGAACGCGACAUGCGUCGGCUCCCUUUGUGAGCGCGCAAAUAGUCAUGGGACCCGCGAUUUUGCGGGCGACACGGAUCUACAGGCGCCGUUCCGUAAUGUGAUUGGUUUAGAGACACAGCAUCAAAGUUGAAAAUUGUCAUGGAAAGGAUGAAGAUCAUUUCCGUGCAUCCUAACUGGAAAGUGCGACUUUCACUCAUCAAGUUUUGUGACAAGCUGUUGACAAACUGUUUGGGGUCGUUACAAACCUGUCUCUCUACAAUGGUGGUUUACUAG